CAGGUACCCAGGCGCAAAAGAGCCAUCCUCCUCCUCCUCCGCCGCUCCCCACGUCUCACCCCCAACAGGCUAGGGUUUCUCCAAUGGCGGCGGCGGCGGCGGGCUCCUCCAGGCGCGGGCCGAUGGACGACGACAAGCUCACCUUCGAGACCUCGGCGCGGGUGGAGUUCGUGGGAAGCUUCGACGCGAUGGGCAUCCGCGAGGACCUGCUCCGCGGCAUCUACGGCUACGGCUUCGAGAAGCCCUCCGCCAUCCAGCAGCGCGCCGUCGUCCCCAUCAUCGCCGGCCGCGACGUCAUCGCCCAGGCCCAGUCCGGCACCGGCAAGACCUCCAUGGUCUCCCUCUCCGUCUGCCAGGUCAUCGACACCAACAUCCACGAGGUGCAAGCAUUGAUACUGUCACCAACUAGGGAACUUGCCACGCAAACAGAGAGGGUGAUGCAAGCUGUUGGGAACUACAUGAGUGUCUCUGUGCAUGCCUGUGUCGGUGGCAAAAGUAUCGGCGAGGAUAUUAGGAAGCUUGAGGCUGGAGUGCAUGUUGUUUCAGGAACCCCGGGCAGAGUAUGUGAUAUGAUCAAGAGAAGGACCUUGCGCACAAGAGCCAUCAAGCUCCUGGUCCUGGAUGAAGCCGAUGAGAUGUUGACCAGAGGUUUUAAGGAUCAGAUCUAUGAUGUCUACAGAUACCUCCCCCCAGAACUUCAGGUUGUCUUGAUCUCUGCAACUCUGCCCCAUGACAUCUUGGAGAUAACUAGCAAGUUCAUGACUGAUCCAGUCAGGAUCCUUGUAAAGCGUGAUGAGUUGACCCUAAAGGGCAUCAAACAAUUCUUUGUUGCUGUUGAGAAGGAGGAAUGGAGGUUUGAUACGCUGUGCGAUCUUUAUGAUACACUGACCAUCACCCAGGCUGUCAUUUUCUGCAAUACCAAGAGAAAGGUGGAUUGGCUUACUGAAAGGAUGCGCACCAACAACUUUACCGUAUCAGCUAUGCAUGGUGACAUGCCUCAAAAGGAAAGGGAUGCGAUUAUGAGUGAGUUCAGGAGUGGCACGACCCAUGUUCUGAUCACAACAGAUGUUUGGGCUCGAGGGCUGGAUGUUCAGCAGGUCUCUCUUGUCAUUAAUUAUGAUCUCCCGAAUAAUCGUGAGCUUUACAUCCAUCGCAUCGGUCGCUCUGGGCGUUUUGGGCGCAAGGGUGUGGCGAUCAACUUUGUGCGCAAGGACGACAUCCGCAUCCUGAGGGACAUUGAGCAGUACUACAGCACGCAGAUCGACGAGAUGCCGAUGAAUGUCGCCGAUCUGAUCUGAGCUCUGGACCGGAGCGGUCUCUCCCUCUCUGGCUCUGCGUGUGGGAUUUGGUUGAUGUUUGGUCAUGACGACAGUAUUGCGGUUUCCUUUGUUGCUUUUCGGCGGGUAUGAACAAACAUGAAGUGUUCAUAUUCUUUCUUGGAGAACCAGCUCUGGCCAACGUGGCAGGCACUCUGCUCACUGAACUUGUUAUUUUAAUUAGUUUUUGGAAUAAUGCUUAGUUCUAUCUAUAUUAUGUUUUGGUGUUUUUGUUAUAAUGCCACGACCCUAUAACUUGA